CACGCAUCACCCGCACACACGUCCAGCGGACCCUCACCCAGGGCAGCAGGACGCACAAGGAAGAGGGACGAGGCGAGGGCAGAAUACAGUAAGCAAAGAGCAAUCAACCCAAACGCCAUCCCCAAGAGGAGCGCACACCAGGACCAUCAGCCUCGACUUUGCCAUCCAUCUCCCGACUCAUCGCCCACCACCACCACACUACUACCACCGCUACCAUCACUUGUGCCACAUCUUCCACCACCAUCCCACUCACCUCGCACCUCCCCGCCCCGCCCCGCCCCGCACGCUGCCCCUCCCUCGGCCACUGUAUUGCUCCCUCUCCUGAUUGCCCCUCUACGCUUGAGACUCAGCGAAGAACGGCCACGCCUCCCGGGUGGCUGCCCCCUUCUCCCCCAGAUCUUCCCCCCUCUCUCACUGAGCUGAUCGAGGCUGAGCGAGGAACAUGUCGUCCCCCCAGCAUAGAGCUUAUCAGGGCCAGGCAGGGGCAAGCAGCAGCGGCACUGGAGGGCAUUCUUCCUAUCAUGGCACCAAUGGCAGGCACAUCUCCGACUCCCCACCUCCUGCCCCUCGCCCCAUGAUGAGUAUAUCCAGCAUACUCAAUGAUGGCGGCAGCGUACCCAAGUCACCUGGCAUCAACAGAGCCCCCGCCCAUGUCUCCCACACCAGCCAUUCUGCCACUUCGAGCCACUCCAUGGCAGGACCUUCCUCUCCCCCUCAUCAUCCUUCCAAGGCCCCCACCUCGUCCCCUCCCUCUGCACAGGGACGGAGUGGAUCUACCUGGGCAACCCACGCGACUCCUUCUCGGCUACCAGCACCGCACUUUCGAGAUCAGCAUCAACACCCCUCGGAGCAGAGCCACUCUGUAGCUCGAAGCUCCGCCUCCUCCGCUUCAGCAUCGGGAACAUCGUACCCCAGAGCCGACUACAGUGGCAGCCAGGCACCCGCCCUUGCUGCCCCGACCCCGGUGUCAUCUGCAAGCUCGGAGGUGAUGCCAUCUUCCAAUGGGAAUGGCUCCUAUCACCCAGCCAUGGAAGAGGGCCACAGGACUUACUCCAGCUCAGAGGCAGGCUCAGGGGGCAGGUCAGACCAGCUACAUGGCCAAGUUGAAAGCUCUUCAUCCUCUCACCCCGACUACGAUCCUCGAGGCGGCCCCGUCUCCACGUCUGCUCCUGCACCUCGAACCGGAAGAGUCACAAGCAUCAAGCUGAAGUCUAAGGCUAGCAGCAAGAGAGGCACUGGCGAGGGCCACGCCUCCCGUCGAAGCUCGCAAGCCGUCGUUGCUCCAGCCGAAGUUGUGCCCGAAGUAAACCUAGAGUUCCCCACCGAAGAGAACAAUGCCAUCUGGCAGGAUGAGCUCAAUGCCUACAGAGUUCGUCAGCAGCUCCGCCUUCAGGAGAUUGAGAAGGCCGACUCUCUGAGGUGGACAGAAGACCACUUCGUUGUUCAGAAGCGACUUGAGAAGGGUUACGAGACUAGAUUUAGCGUACUCGUCCGCAAAGCAGAGGAGACGCAAUGGUUGGAGCAGCAGAGAGAAGCUGAGAGGCAGCGUGCAAGACGAGAGGCAGCCCGCAAGAGGAAGGAGCGAGAGGUCGAUCGCGAGCUUCUCAGUAUGACUGGUGGCGGCAAGAGCAGCAGCAAGAGCAAGGCCAAGAGCGGCAUUGCUGUAGAGGCAGAGCAAGAGCAUGCUGAGGCAUCUGACGACGAUGCUACUGCUUCGGGUGAGAGAAAAGGUCCCAGCAAGAAGGGCAGGGUUGGCGAGUCUGAUAGUAGCAGGAACACGCCGUUCAAGGGCGAGGAAACGCUGCCCUCCGGUCCUGAGCCAUUGGAGCCCGGGGAGACUCUUAUCGAUCCUGAUGGACCAGCGCUACCUCUCGACGAAAAGCGUAUCAAGCAGCUCGAGGAAGCCCAUCGUCGCAUUUGGACCAAUUUGGCGCGUCGGGAGAUCCCCAAGGUGUAUCGAGUGGUACAGGCUACACAGCUCGGUCGCAAUACCUACACAAAGCGAAUCGCUGUAGUGGUGCAGAGAGAAGCUCGCCGAGGCCAGACCAGGCACAACAAGUCUGUAAAGGACGUGCAACAGCGAGCCAAGAAGGCGAUGCGAGAGAUGCUCCUCUUCUGGAGGCGAAACGAGAAGGAGGAGAAGGAGCUGCGACGCAAAGCCGAAAAGGAGGCCGCCGAUCGUAUACGCAGAGAAGAGGAGAUGCGAGAAGCCAAGAGACAGGCGAGGAAGCUCAACUUCUUGAUCACGCAGACGGAGCUCUACUCUCACUUCGUGGGCAACAAGCUGAGGACGGCUGAAGCAGAAGAGUCAGAAGAGACUUCGGGAGGCGGUGCAGUGCCUGGAGGUGGAGUCGCUAGCGGAUCUGCUGCGAUCAUCGAUCCGUCUGCAGCCAGUACAGAUGCUCCUGCUAGCGUGCCGCCUGUCAAUGCCAAGCCGGUUGCGACCAGCGCAAGCGGUGCAGCGGCCGAGGUGGAUGCUGCCAAUUCCAAUGGCGACCUCAAGGACAUCGACUUUGACGAUGACGACGAGUCUAAUUUGCGAGCCCACGCUGCCAAGAACGCUCAGCAGGCCAUCCUGGCUGCCCGCGAAAAGGCGCAAGCAUUCGAUGCUGUCGCCGCUGAGGAGCGACGCAAGCUGCAAGAAGCAGCAGAAGCAGCGGAUGCCAGUGGCAAGCGCAUUGACGAGAAGGACAUUGGCAAGGCAUUCGAUUCCGAUGACCUCAACUUCCAGAACCCGACCUCGAUGGGUCAAAUGAACAUCUCGCAGCCCAAGAUGCUCACAUGUCAGCUGAAAGAGUACCAGCUGAAGGGUCUCAAUUGGCUCGCGAAUCUAUACGAGCAAGGCAUCAAUGGUAUUCUUGCCGACGAAAUGGGCCUGGGCAAGACAGUACAGAGUAUCUCGCUCAUGUCUUACCUCGCUGAGGUACAUGACAUCUGGGGACCCUUCCUUGUGAUCGCGCCUUCUUCUACCCUUCACAACUGGCAGCAAGAGAUCACCAAGUUCACUCCGUCACUCAAGGCGCUGCCAUACUGGGGUAAUGUCAAGGAUCGAGCCAUCCUGCGCAAGUUCUGGUCGCGCAAACACACCUCGUACAACAGAGACUCGCCUUUCCACGUGCUCAUCACCAGCUACCAGCUGGUUGUUAGUGACGAGCAGUACUUCAAGAGAGUCAAGUGGCAGUACAUGAUCUUGGAUGAAGCACAGGCCAUCAAGUCGUCUUCAAGUACGAGGUGGAAGACGCUGCUCAGCUUCAAUUGCCGUAAUCGACUUUUGCUUACUGGUACUCCCGUGCAGAAUUCGAUGCAGGAGCUGUGGGCCCUGCUGCAUUUUAUCAUGCCCUCCCUCUUCGACUCCCACGACGAGUUCUCCGAGUGGUUCUCGAAAGACAUUGAAGGCCACGCCGAGAACAAGGGUACCCUCAACGAAGGUCAAUUGCGAAGGCUACAUAUGAUCUUGAAGCCAUUCAUGCUUCGAAGAAUCAAGAAGAAUGUCCAGAACGAGCUUGGUGAUAAGAUCGAGAUCGACGUUUUGUGCGAGAUGUCUGCACGACAGAAGAUGCUCUACCGAGGUUUGAGAGAAAAUGUCUCCAUUGCGGAGCUGAUGGAUCGCGCUUCCAAUCUGCAAGAUGAAGCUGGUAUCAAGCAUCUGAUGAACCUCGUCAUGCAGUUCAGGAAGGUCUGCAACCACCCUGAGCUCUUUGAGCGAGCGGACGUGACUGGACCUCUAAGCUUCGCCUCCUUCGCCCAUUCGGCUUCUCUCACCAGGGAGGGCGACUUGCUGCAUUGUCCCGACUCGGUCACCAAUGGCAUUGAGCUCCGAGUCCCGAAGCUGCUGGCUCGGGAAGGUGGCCUGACCAAGACACCCGGAUGGAACAGUCGAGCGGGCUUCGAUACCAAGUACCUCGACAACAUGUUCAACAUCUGGAGACAACCGCAUGUGGCUGACGACCUCCGAUCUGGCAAGGAUUCUGCUUUCUCUGCCUUGCGUCUGCUUGACCUGGAUGCUCGCGAUGCCGAAGUCGCCUUCUGGGGCCACUCAGCUCAGUCUGCCAUGGAGACGGUCAAUCGUGAGACUCGCAUGAAGGACCUGCAGCCUUACGUCUCGGACGACGAUUUUUCAGCGGCUUCGGUCCGACCCUUCGGCUGGGUGCAAAAGAGUAUCCCAACCAACAGCGGACUUGCGCCUUCGAUCCUGCCGCCCCUGAACGACGUUCGUCGCGUCUACAGUGAGAACUCCCCACUUGCUGGACCGGCUGCUCGUCUAUGGGCUGGCAAGGUCGUUGCACCUCCCAUUCGUGCAUACAGCAACGAUCGCCCCUUUGUCGAAGAGCAAGAGCGGAUGAGUCGCGAUGACCUCGUGACGCAGAUGCUCUAUGGUGUUCCUACCCCAGCUGGAUGUGAGGACGAGAAGCUCGUCGAGGCUACUCGACGCGCUCUGCCAAAGCUCCCACCUCGAGGUAUCCUCACCACUUCGAGUGCCUAUCAGCUGCCUGCAGCCCAAAUGCAAGUACCACAAAUCAACAAGUUGAUCAUCGAUUCGACCAAGCUUGCUCACCUCGACAAACUCCUGCGAGACCUCAAGGCCAAUGAUCACCGAGUGCUCAUCUACUUCCAGAUGACCAAGAUGAUUGACCUGAUGGAGGAAUACCUCAUCUAUAGGCAGUACAAGUAUCUGCGACUGGAUGGAUCCAGCAAGAUCUCCGACAGGCGAGACAUGGUCACUGACUGGCAGACGAAGCCCGAAUUGUUCGUCUUCCUGCUCUCCACUCGUGCGGGAGGUCUGGGUAUCAACUUGACGGCUGCCGACACGGUUGUCUUCUUCGACUCGGACUGGAACCCUUCAAACGACCAGCAAGCCAUGGAUCGAGCUCAUCGAUUGGGUCAGACGAAACAAGUGACGGUGUACCGCCUGAUCACAAAGGGUACGAUCGAUGAGCGCAUCAUCAAGAUGGCCCGUAACAAGAAGGAGGUCCAAGACAUCGUUGUAGGCAACAAGACGAUGAACGAGGGCGGUAGCGGUGGUGUGGCCAAGCCCCAGGAGAUUGUCAGUCUUCUGAUGGACGACGAUGAGCUGGCGGAAGCUAUGCUACGCAAGAGGCAAGCCGAAGAGGCCGCUACAGCGCAGGGCAAAGCAGAUGUCAUGAGAGAGACGCACAGGAAGAGGAAGGCCAAUCGAGAAAAGGCUCUACGUGACGGGGGUGCCGAUGGGGAGAGGGGCUCGGCGGAGCGGACAGUGGGGUGGGCGCUCGACGACGAUGAGGACGACUUCUUCGGUGCCAAGCCUCCCACUUCCAAGAUCGAAGAGAUAGACCCUGCCGGAGGAAGCAACGGCGCCGCCGGUGGUGAGGCAUCCGCUCCCCGUGGACCCAAGGCAGGCCGGGUGCCCUCGCAGCAACAAAGAAAGAAGAGGAGUGCUUCUGGCCCUUCGUCGAGAAAGAAGAAGGACAAGGAUGCAGAAGGGGCGGAGGGGAGCAACAUCGAUAAGACGGUCGAAGGAGGUUCCAAUGAAGCGCCCGCUGAAGGCGAAGCUUCAAAUUUGGCAAGUGGGGCUCCUCCGCCCGCGAAGAAGCCGAGGAAGAGUGGCAAGAAGCAGGCCGCUGCCGCUGCUGCUGCCGCCGCUGGGGCGGCCAAUCCUGGACCCAGCGCCGACGCCACUGACGGUGCUGGUGCGGUGGCUGCACCCAUCUCUACGGCUGCCGCAACUGCCGUCUCCACUGGGGAGGACUCGGGGGGCGCAGCAGCAACGGAGCCUGUCGGGGAUGGAGUAGAGAAGGAGAACGGUUCUGCAUAGAUGGCAAAAGGGUGUGUGACGGUGCUAAUUUGGCCUACCUCAUUCGAUCUUUGAUUCUUCUUGUAUCUCGCAUUGACAUUGGCAUAGUCCCCUUGUAGUGAUUUCCCUUCACAUACAUCCUUUCAAUUGAGACGCUUUCAGUAUUGAUC